GCAUUUAAGCCCGAAUCAACAACUGAACCAUGAGAGGAAAUUUCAGCCAAUUUCUUACAUGAUUAAUCUCACUAGCAAAUAAGGUUGCUUCCUUUGUCCUAUUAGACACUUGCUUGAUUUUAAAUUUGUUUAAAUAAAACCCAAUUUGACAUGAAAGAAAACAGGUGUAGUUGUUGUUUGUGAAUCUGUGUGGAGCAUAGAAUGUAAAAAGUAAAAUAUUAAUAUUUAUUCAGUUGGUGAUAUGCAUUUGUAAAAAGGUUUUACAGGAGCACAAAUUUCUUGGUAUUUGUGUAUGAAUUUGAACAUGUGUUUGUGAGUAACCAAAGUAAUGCACCAAUCAUUGUUUGCAGUUUUGAAUCUUCUAUUUUACCUGCAAUGUGACCAUUUUGAGCCUAUUUUCUCUAAAGUUUAAAAUGAAUUGCGUGAUUGCCAAGUUUAGGGGGAAGUGCAGUUUGUAUGUUUCAGCCAAUCAGAUUGUAUUCUACUGUUAAAAUCUCGAUGACCUUAUCAGUAUGUAUUUCAUUUGGAGGGGAAGCAUGAGUAGGUCAAGAGAACGCUGCUGCACCACAAUGAUUGGGCGACUGGCUGCUUUGAUUCUUUUUGGUACAAAGGCUCUGAUUCUAACAGCAGAGGUUCCUCAGCUGAUCUCUCUGACUGUGGUGGAACGUGGCAACAACGUGAGUUUGAAAUGUCCAGUCUCUGAAGACAAAUUCUUUUAUUGGUAUAAACAGUCUUUUGGACAUGUGUUGCAAACAGUUGCUUCAAGAAAAGUGGGAAAGACUGAUGUCAAAGAUUCACGUUUCAAUCUAACAAGAGUGGAUGAUCAGUAUCUUCUUACCAUCACUAAUAUCAGCAAAGAGGAUGAAGCAACAUACUUCUGUCAGAAUGGAACAACGUAUCAACAGACUUUCGUCGGUGGCACUUUCUUGGCUGUGAACGAUCAGGAUCAGCAGAAACAUUACAGCGUGAAACAAAGUCCAGAGACUGCGUCAGUCAGACCAGGAGCCUCAGUGAUCCUCCAGUGUUCACUUCUCUCCAAGCACAAAGAAAACCUGGUCCAGUGUCCAGAUGAACACAGUGUGCACUGGUUCAGAGCCGGAUCAGGACGCUCCCAUCCCGGCUUCAUUUACACUCAGAGCAGCAGGAGAGAUGAACAAGAGGAGAAGAGCUGCGUCUACAGUCUGUCCAAAACUAUACACAACUCCUCAGAUGCUGGGACUUACUACUGCGCUGUGGUCACAUGUGGAGAGAUCCUGUUUGGUGAAGGAACCAAAGUGGAGAUGAGAUCAGAACUGGACCCACUUGUCCUUGUGCUUGCGGUGCUGUUGGUCUGCUGUGUGACCGUGGUUGUCGUCCUUAGUGUCAAAGUAAAUCAAAGAGUUUGCAAACAUUGCAAAGGAGCAAUGAGCACUUUCCAUCACCAAGGACAUGACAGGUCAAGUCUGGAUCAAUCAAAUAAUUGGGAAGGUGAGGCAGAGGAAUCGAACUAUGUAGCACCGACUUUCUUUGAAAGGAAAGCAAGAGUGGAGGAGAAGAGAGAGUCACCACAUCAGUGCUUGUACUCUACUGUAAAGCGCAGCUGAGUGCAUCACCACAUCCAGCAACAUCCCUCUUUAUCGGUAUAGCAGGGCCUGUGCCAUAGGGUUGGGUACCAAACUCCGUAUUUUUAAGGGUACCGACCAAAUUAUACCAGUGAGUAUGUAUACGUGAGUGACACCUGGGGCACACCGGCUGCUCAACGUCCGCAGAACAGCGGCAGAACGGAACGGCUGCGUGUCGCGGUUGUCAGUUGUACAUUUUUUUAAUAUAUAUACACACUAUACAGUUUGAAGCUGUGCACUCUCCUGUCCUGCAAAUAUUUCACAAUAAAAACCUAGUAAACGUUCUUGUGAACAGUAUCCAAUUCUCCUGCGCUGUGCAACAAAAAUCUCAUCAACGCUGUCGGUCACUUUGACUUGACUCAUCUUGUGUGAUUCAGUAUUUUUUUUCCUGUACUGUCAUUUAGUUUCCUAAGCUAACCAGCCUUGUUUGCCGUUGAAAGAGCUUGGUGUACAUGGUGUUCGAUGCUGGACAAAAUGUCAGAGGGUAGUAACCGGAACAGAAUGACUGAGUUAGUGGUUACGUUGCCAGCUGGUGAUUCACCAACAAGCCAAUCGAGUAUUCAGAGAAACAAAAAUUAAUGCUGACAAUGUGGGUGUGAACUACAACAUUACAAUCUUUUUCUUUGUUGUUUUUCUGGUGAUAGAAUGUAUCAGUAUUUCUGUUUGACCAUAAAUUAUCAACGUAUUGGCCUAUUUCAUUGAACUUGUUAUUUGUUUUAAUAAAGACUGGUUUAUGUUCA